UGUUUUAAUCCGUUCAAUAAGCAUUGCGUCUAAAAAAUAGUAUUUUGUAAGAAAAAUGAGUUUUCGUCAGAGUUACAAACUAGUAACCAAACAACCCAUACGUUGGUUUCCAGGUCAUAUGAACAAAGGAAUAAGGCAAAUGCAACAAAAAUUAAAGGCGGUCGACUGCAUUAUUGAAGUUCAUGAUGCUAGAAUACCAUUCUCUGGGCGCAAUACUGAUUUCCAGCACACAUUGAUCGGCGAGAACAUUAAACCUCACAUCUUAGUAUUAAAUAAAAAGGAUUUGAUAACGACUAAGGAUCAAGCUAACAUUAAAGAAAUUUUGCAAGAGAGUGAGCGCUUAAAGCAUGUUUUGUUUACCAAUUGUAAGAAUCAACAAUGUUCCGGAAUCAAACGAUUAAUGCCCUUAGCCAACGAAAUAAUCUUAAACUCUGCUCGUUAUAAUCGUGAGGGAGAAAAGGAUUUUUGCGUAAUGAUAAUUGGAGUACCCAACGUUGGGAAAAGUUCCCUAAUUAAUGUUUUACGAAAUCGUAAUUUGCAUAAGAAGAGCGUAGCCCAAGUUGGUGGCAUUGCCGGCAUUACGCGUUCGGUAAUGGAAAAAAUCAAAAUUAAUGAAAAUCCGCUUAUGUAUAUGAUAGACACGCCAGGUAUAUUAGAGCCGAAAAUUAAAAAUGAUGAAAUGGGCAUGAAACUCGCCCUUGCGGGAUGUUUGCCAGACCACUUAGUGGGGGAAGAUCUCAUAGCCGAUUAUUUGUUAUAUUGGUUAAAUAAAAACUCCCGUUUUGAUUAUGUGGCCGCAGUUGGCUUGAAAAAGCCCACGGAUAACGUAUUAGAAUUGCUGGUAACCUACGCUAACAAACUGUCUGUUCGGCGUAAAAUGAAACGAAACGAUGGUCAAAUAGUUAUAGUGCCUGAUAUCUUACAUUCAGCUCGAGAAUUUAUUAAACUAUUUAGACAAACCAAGUUUGGCCUUAUCAAUCUUGAAUCGCAAUUGCAAACAUAAAUCUACUCCUUUUUUUAGCUGUUAAAGAAGUUUUAUUUAGGUUUAAAUACUAAAAGUGAGAACUAAAUAUA